AUGGCCGCCAAUGUCCCCAGCAUCGUGUGGUCCGCUCUCAGAGCCCUCAGCCUCACCGAGGUCCCCAGAGACAGCCCCGUUCGACGCCAUAGCGAGGACGACAAGCCCUACCAGCCCAGCAUCGUCGACAUCGCCGUGGUCAAGGCCAUGCUGUACCGCGCCAAGAAGAUGCCCCCGGAUCUAAUUGAUGCCAUACUCGACAUGGCCGAGUACUGGAUCCACUCAACCACGCAUCUAAACGAAAGAAUCGCCGUCAUGGGCGGCUCCGAGGCCAGAGAAAACAGAUUUCUGCUGCGGUCAUAUCCGCUCGGACUGCUCAAUUCCGGAGCUCGCCAAAACGCAAACGACCAGCCCUACGCCACGACUCUUCCCACCCCUCGACCUCUGGGCGAGACUCUCGAUGCCAGCUUCUUCGCCAAGUCCGUCAAAUACCCCCUCCCGCGGCUGGUUCACCCUGCGCGAAAGAUUGUCUUCAAGUUCAGAAGCCAAGACCAAGGAUACGUGAGCAGUCCCGAGGAGGGUGACCACCCUUAUUCUGGAUCAUGGACGUGGUUUGACGUUGGGCUGGAGAGAUUUGACGCCGACUCUGCAGUCGAUGGAUCUGCACUCUCGGUCAACUCACUUCGACCUAUCCAACCCCCCAUCCGGCAGACAUCCUCCGAUCCAGUCGGCUACAACUACACCCACGAGCUGCUACACUCACCCGAGUGGGAGAUCCAGCGGAAUCAGACGGCUGUCAGGAAGUGGCAAGACCACGUCAUCACGUGGUCCUACCUAGACGACAUCCCGGCUGAUUCCGACCGUAGCAAAGAUCUCGAGGCACAAGGCAGAGGACGUGGCACAGGCGAUGGCAAGUUUGUAAGACAGCUGCAGGUGGGCGAUGUGAUUACGGUCUGGGGCAAGGCCAGGUUUCCCGGAUGGGCGAACCGCAUCGAGUCGGUCCAGAUCGACGUGUACUGGGCCGUGUAA